GCCGGUCGGACUAUGAAAUUCAGGCCAUUGUGCUUCGCGUUUGGAACGUGCAACAAAGGGCCACACAUUGCAGGUACAGUAUAUAUUGGCUCUGUGCGCUAUGUGCUGCCCCUCGUCUACGCAACCCGCUCCGCAUCCGCCCACACCGCUCACAUAAUCUCUCAAACAUCACCAACAUGCUCGCUGCUGUGUCCUCAUGGGAACCUCAUCCUGCGCUUCAGCCGUCUGAAUGGAGUGCGCAAUCGUCACACUAUUCCAGCCCGCCGCCUCCCAUCCAUGCCAGGCCGCCCGCGGAGCAAGACGCGAUCGCGGCUCUACUGUCGAUGGCAGGCUGUGCUAUACCGCAUAGAGCCGCAGCAGCGGAGGCUGGCAGUAUUGCAGGCCCGUCUCAGUCGUCCAACGCGACUCGACAAUCGGUGGAGCCCCCGGCCCGUCUAGGGCCCAACUUCGCCAGCGCCACGGAGGCCAUCGCCGGACCGUCUCGUGAACGCGCCCCCGUAACGUCGACCGUGCGCCCAACUACCGACGCGUAUGAGAUGGUGGAAGUGGCGCAAACUCCUAGCUCACCUGUAGCAUGUACGGAGAGCGAUGCGGGGAGCGACUCCUCUUCAGAGGCAGGUUCGAGCUCGCCGAGACGACAAUCAAAGCGGAAAGCCGAGGCCAUGGAAGAUGAACCGGAACCCUCCCACAAGAGACAGCAUUCUGAAGAGCCUGAAAUGGAGGUUGUUCGGCCCAAGGGUGGCCCCGCCCUCCGUGAGUACUACAUCGAGCAGGCGAAGUGGAUCGGAAAGGAUAGGGUAACGGGCGAGGAUAUGAACGAAGUACCGGGACGCAAGUCUCCGGCGUCGGCUUACCAGGUCCAUAUCUUGACCUGGGUAUACGACAACGUCACGCCUUACCCCGAAAGCUUCUGGAGGGCGAUGUUGGCCAUCAAGUUGUAUUACAACUACGACAAGAUCGGCCACUGGUUCACGAACCAACGCCAGCGGGUGGCUAGGCAAAGAAAGAAAACCGGGAUGCCUCCCCCGGACGACCUGCAGACGAUUACACUGCACGGACGCAAGCAGAAAAUGCGGCCCCAGGCUCUGGAGAGCGACUCACGAUGGACGGACGGCCGAUUCUUCGAAACCAUUGACAUGCUGAUCGCCGAUCGACAGCGGCAGUUCGAGGAGGAUCUGGCGAAUCACAUCGCCAAGAAGGCUGCCGAGCGGGGCAACAAUGACAAUCCGGCUGAAGACUCUGACGGAGACGGCGGGGACGUAGAGGAAUCCGAGGAGGAGGAAUGACGGAGAGUGGUGCCAUUCGCAGAGAGCUACGCAUGAUGUAAUGUGACAUAGUGCAGAUGCAGAGUUUUGCAUCUCCUCUACGUCACAUCACUUCAACCUUCCUAGUGAAUAUGACACUGGCACUCGUGAUCGUAGAGCGGCCCACCCAUUCAUGACGGGUAGCAAC